UGGAGCUUCCUUCGCCUCCAAGCUCGGUUUUUUAGAGAGAGAAAGUGAACCUUCGAUAUCGGUUUCUUGAUUUUUUUAUUUUUUUUUUCAUUCACUAUUACCGUUUUUUGUGAAUGGCGGGGGAUCAGCCUAUUGCUGUGAAAGAUGCAGUACACAAGCUGCAACUGUUCCUUCUUGAAGGAAUUCAAAAUGAAAACCAACUAUUUGCAGCUGGGUCUUUGAUGUCCCGGAGUGACUAUGAAGAUGUUGUGACUGAGCGUACGAUUGCAAAUUUGUGUGGUUAUCCUCUCUGCAGCAAUUCUCUGCCAUCAGAGAGGCUGCGGAAAGGCCAUUACCGCAUUUCGCUGAAGGAGCACAAGGUUUAUGACCUCCAUGAGACGUACAUGUACUGCUCAUCUGGUUGUGUGGUUAACAGCAGAUCAUUUGCAGGGAGUUUGCAGGAAGAGAGGUGCUCAGUUUUAAACUCAGAGAGAAUUAAUGGAAUUCUGAGGUUGUUUGGGGAAUCAAGCUUGGAAUCCAAUAAGAUUUUGGGAAAACAUGGGGAUUUAGGGUUGUCGGAAUUGAAGAUACGUGAGAAUGUUGAAAAGAAAGCUGGGGAAGUGUCUAUGGAAGACUGGAUUGGUCCAUCAAAUGCAAUUGAAGGUUAUGUUCCACAGAGGGAUCGCAAUUUGAAGCCCAAAAAUAUUAAAAAUCGUAAAGAAGGGUCUAAAUCUAGCAACUCCAAGAUGGACAGUGGAAAAAAAUUUGUGAUUGAUGAGAUGGACUUUGUCAGUACCAUAAUCACCGAGGAUGAGUACAGCAUUUCAAAAAGCUCUAAAGGUUUGAAAGACACUACUUCCCAUGCAAAAUCAAAAGAACCAAAAGAAAAGGCAAGCAUAGGGGAUCAGCUUUCCAUGUUAGAAAAGUCAGCUCCUCCUAUACAGAAUGAUUCUGAAAGUAAAUUAAGAGAAUCAAAAGGGAGGAGUAGGGUUAUUUUCAAAGAUGAGUUCAGCACUGCGGAAGUUCCUUCAGUUCCCAGCCAAAGUGGUUCUGAGUUAAAUGGUGUGAAAGGGAAGGAGGAAUAUCAUACUGAAAAUGCAGCACAAUUGGGUCCCACCAAGCCAAAAUCCUCUCUGAAACCUUCAGGUGGAAAAAAAGUAACUCGCUCUGUUACUUGGGCUGAUGAGAAAAUGGAUGGUGCAGACAGUAGAGAUUUUUGUAAAGUGAGGGAAUUGGAGAUCAAGAAAGAAGAUCCUAAUGGGUUAGGGGAUAUAGAUGUGGGAGAUGAUGAUAAUGCUUUAAGAUUUACAUCAGCAGAAGCAUGUGCAAUAGCAUUGAGCCAGGCAGCAGAAGCUGUUGCAUCUGGAGAAACUGAUAUGACUGAUGCUGUGUCUGAAGCUGGAAUUAUCAUAUUGCCACAUCCACGUGAUAUGGAUGAAGGGGAAUCUCUAAAGGAUGCUGAUUUGCUUGAACCUGAACCAGUUCCUUUGAAGUGGCCAAUAAAACCUGGAAUUUCACAUUCAGAUAUAUUUGAUUCUGAUGAUUCUUGGUAUGAUACGCCACCAGAAGGGUUCAGUUUGACUUUGUCACCAUUUGCAACAAUGUGGAUGGCACUCUUUGCAUGGAUAACAUCAUCUUCUAUUGCUUAUAUAUAUGGACGGGAUGAAAGUUUCCAUGAGGAGUAUUUAUCAGUUAACGGAAGGGAGUAUCCCAAAAAAAUUAUUUUGACUGAUGGCCGUUCUUCUGAAAUUAAGCAAACUCUAGCGGGUUGUCUGGCUCGGGCUUUGCCUGGACUUGUUGCAGAUCUCAGAUUGCCAAUACCAGUGUCAAAUCUGGAGCAGGGAGUGGGGCGCUUGUUGGAUACGAUGUCUUUUGUUGAUGCACUUCCAUCAUUCAGAAUGAAACAGUGGCAAGUGAUUGUUCUUUUGUUUAUCGAUGCCCUCUCUGUUUGUCGGAUUCCUGCACUUACUCCACACAUGACAAGUAGGAGGAUGUUGUUUCCAAAGGUGUUCGAUGCUGCUCAAGUAAGCGCAGAAGAAUAUGAAGUUAUGAAGGAUCUCAUCAUCCCUCUUGGCCGAGUACCUCAGUUCUCUGCACAAAGUGGGGGUUAAACAAAAAUGUCAAGACUCCAUCACUACAAGUACGCAGCUACUGCUACAUAAAUCGCUUUGCUCUCCUAUCUGAUUGAUCUAUAUGCUUUUGAACAUCAUCUUUUCUGUAGCUGGGGGCUUGUUUUAUUUUUCAACCACCCCCCCAACUAAAGAUUGAUGUGGGAUUAUUGGUUCAGCAUGGACAUUAAGCUAGUUAACCAGUGAAUUUAAAACUCUGGUUAGGUUUUUCGGAUAGGAGAAGAGAAAAAAUGCAUUUGGUGCUGCCUCUUGUACUAUGCAGUAGGAAUGGCAAGAGUUUAGAUUUUGCCCAGAGUUUUUGUACAUAUACUGGAGCAGAAUGAGUAAUCUACUAGCUUUUGUUUCCAAAA